CGAGCAGAUGGAAAGCAAGGCUUGACGUGUCUGAAAGGGGACUAAUUACUAGACAAAAGUCAAGAAGUCAUCGAUUGAGAACCGACUAAACUCGAUUCCGAAAAGUCAAGUUUGUCAGCAAAAAGUCGAUUUUUGAUCAAAGGCGGAGCUGACUUUGCCAUUCCUUAUUUUGGCAACAAAAUGCGAUACGCUCAAGUUGUGAUUGGCCCUGCCGGUAGUGGUAAAUCUACAUAUUGUGCAUAUAUGCAGCGUCAUGCCCAAGAUUCAAAGCGAAUCAUUGAAGUGGUCAACUUGGAUCCCGCUGCCGAACAUUUUGACUAUCAGCCUUUGGUGGAUAUCCGUGAUUUGAUUCAACUUGACGAUGCAAUGGAAGAUGAAGAACUCCACUAUGGUCCAAAUGGCGGUCUAGUAUUCUGCUUGGAAUAUUUAAUAGAAAAUCAAGAUUGGUUGAAAUCGCAGCUUUGUGGUGGUGAGGAAUCUGACACUGAUGAAAUUGGAGGGGAACCUGAUGACGACUACAUACUCUUUGACAUGCCUGGACAAAUAGAACUUUUCACACAUUUAUCAAUGGGAAAACAAUUAGUAAAUUUGUUGGAGUCUUGGAAUUUCCGCAUUUGUACAGUUUUUCUAGUGGAUUCUCAGUUUAUGGUUGAUGGCGCGAAAUUUCUCUCUGGCACAAUGGCUGCUCUAAGUGUCAUGGCUAAUUUGGAAAUGCCACAUGUCAAUGUAUUGAGUAAAAUGGAUUUGCUUAGUAAAACCGCACGAAAACAACUGGACAACUAUUUGGACCCAGAUCCGAGAGCGUUAUUGGGCGACGUCACACACGAAUCGGCAUGGGGACGAACGCAUCGGAAGCUUUCUGAAGCGAUUGGGAAUUUAAUUGAAGACUUCAGGUAAUUGAUGAAACUAUAU